CCUCAAACUCCCGGCGGGAGCGCUUGCGGUCGCCCGCGGCACCGCGUCCGCAGGCCCAGACAGCCGGGCGCGGGUCCCGCAGGGGCGGGACUGGCUUCUCUCAAGCUGAGCCCUUCUAACCGGGCUCCGGAUCUUCCAAGGCCUCGGGCCCCCUUCAUUUUCAGGACAGAGGCCGGAGAACGGUGGUCAUCACACACCCCAGCCGGCUUCCUGACCCGGGCAUUUUCUGUGCGGCCAAGCAGUGUUGGGGUUGUAGCUGCAGGGAGCCCCCUCCUGCCACGACCUCUCCAGCCAGGAAGAAACUGACGCGUUCCCACGUUCUUGCCCUGCACCUCCCCACUCUUCCCAUUCAGAAACAAGCUUCUCUUCACUCUGCAUUGGAAAUCCUGCCCCGGAGGUUCAAAACGCCUAUUUUGUGUGCCCUUCCCCAACUCCUGAAGCACCCUUAGAAGUUUUGCCUACUUAAUCAGCGCUGAGAAUCCUUAAAUUUGGACUUGGCUUUCUUCACCCUUUGGGAAAUAAAGAUCUCUUUCCAUCCUCUUUACUAACACUCUGCGCCCAAGGCGUUAUCCCUUGGGGUCGCCACCUCCUUGGCCAUUUCUACCUGACUUCCCACAACCAUCUGAGUUCCAGUUUCCUCUGGGCUCCAAUCUCCAGUCCCUGGCGGAUCUGGUCAGUCCCACCCCUAGGUGGGAGUGACCAGGGGGCUCUGGCCCAGGAUUCCCAACCCUGGAAGGCAGCUCCAAGGCAGGAAGGGAAUUGGGCGUCGGGUACGAACCUGGCAGCUCAGGAGUCGGGGCUCCACUCACUCCACACAAGAAGAUGAAAAAGCGCAAAGAGCUCAAUGCAUUGAUUGGUUUGGCUGCGGACAGCCGGAGAAAGAAGCCCAAGAAAGGGCCAAGCAGUCACUGCCUGCUUCGCACUGAGCCUCUUGACUCAGACUCUGAGUCAAGCUCCGAGGAGGAAGAGGAAUUCGGUGUGGUUGGAAAUCGCUCUCGCUUUGCCAAGGGAGACUAUUUACGAUGCUGCAAGAUCUGUUACCCGCUCGGUGGUUUUGUCAUCCUCGCUGCCUGUGUUGUGGCCUGUGUUGGCUUGAUGUGGAUGCGGCUUGCUCUCAAGGAGGAUCUGGAUGCCCUCAAAGAAAAAUUUCGAACAAUGGAAUCUAAUCAGAAAAGCUCAUUCCAAGAAAUCCCUAAACUUAAUGAAGAACUACUCAGCAAGCAAAAACAACUUGAGAAGAUUGAAUCUGGAGAGAUGGGUUUGAACAGAGUCUGGAUAAACAUCACAGAAAUGAAUAAGCAGAUUUCUCUGUUGACUUCUGCAGUGAACCACCUCAAAGCCAAUGUUAAGUCAGCUGCAGACUUGAUUAGCCUGCCUGCCACUGUAGGGGGACUUCAGAAGAGUGUAGCUUCCAUUGGCAAUACUUUAAACAGCGUCCAUCUUGCUGUGGAAGCAAUGCAGAAAACUGUGGAUGAACACAAGAAAACGAUGGAAUUACUGCAGAGUGAUAUGAAUCAGCACUUCUUGAAGGAGACUGCUGGAAGCAACCAAAUCAUUCCAUCACCUUCAGCCACAUCAGAACUUGACAAUAAAACCCACAGUGAGAAUUUGAAACAGGAUAUCCUGUACCUUCACAACUCUUUAGAGGAGGUAAACAGUGCCCUAGUGGGGUUCCAGAGACAGAAUGAUCUUAAAUUCGAGGGAAUGAACGAGACAGUCAGUAAUCUUACCCAGAGAGUCAACCUGAUAGAAAGUGAUGUGGUUGCUAUGAGCAAGGUAGAAAAGAAAGCAAACCUGUCCUUCAGCAUGAUGGAUGAUAGAUCUGCCACUCUGAAAAGAGAGUCUUUGGAUCAAGUCACUAACAGAACAGAUACAGUAAAAAUCCAAAGCAUAAAGAAAGAAGAUAGUUCAAAUUCUCAGGCAUCCAAGCUAAAAGAGAAACUCCAGCUGAUCAGUGCCCUUACAAACAAACCUGAGAGCAACAGGCCUCCAGAGACAGCUGAUGAAGAUCAAGUAGAGAGUUUCACAUCAAAGCCAUCAGCAUUGCCAAAAUUUUCACAGUUUCUUGGACACCCAGUUGAGAAAGCUGCCCAACUAAGACCUAUCUCCCUACCAGGAAUUUCUAGCAUUGAAGAUCUUCAGGAUUUAUUCCACAAGACUGGCCAGGACGUGGAUGGGAAGCUGACCUACCAGGAAAUCUGGACCUCCCUAGGUUCUUCUGCUGUGCCAGAACCAGAGAGCUUGAGAGCAUUUGAUUCCGAUGCAGAUGGAAGAUACUCAUUCCUGGAACUAAGGGUAGCUUUAGGUAUCUAGCCUCAUCAGGCAUAUUUUAGGAAUAGAAUGCCUAAUAUCCACUUACCUAACAACAAAACAGCUGUUACCCAUCAGUCCUCUAGUCCUCCAAACUACUGUAGCAGAUACUUUGCCACCUUUUAACUUGUUUGAAGAAAAUAUAUAAAAGUUAUUUUUUUAAAAAAGA